AUGGAUAAAAAUGUCCAACCAACAACAAGUAAGGAGUUAUUUAAAGUUCCUGAUGUAAAUACAAAAGUUUCUCAAAAGAAAAUAAAUCCUAAGAUUCAAACAGUAGAGAAGCGUAAAAUUGAAAGACAUGUAUUGGAUGAAAAAACUUUUAUAACAGGAUUAGAAAGGAUAAUUGAAAGAGACUACUAUCCAGAGUUAAAAAAACUUCGUGCUCAAAAAGAGUAUUCUGAUGCUGUCAAAGAGGGCGAUACUAAAAAAAUUGAAGAACUUAAAAAAUGUUACUCAGUUAGGACGUUAAGUCAGAGUACACCUUCAACUGUUGCAACACCACGAGAUGAUGCUUCUGAUAGUGAAGAUGAAAAAUGUGAUAAAGAACCAAAGACGUUGUUGGAUGAUUAUAAUGUUGAUAGCUAUUUAAAUCGUUACACAAGUGAAGAUAAUCGAGAUUUUGAUUUCAUAUUAAAGAAACAAAAUGAAGAUUUUAAAAAAUCACAUAAAUGGAUUUAUAAAUCUAUAGAAGAUCAUAAUGCAAGACAUGAAGCAAUGAUUAAACCUUUACCUGAAGCAGAUGAACAGGCGUUAGCUAUUGCAAAUAAUGAAAGUUCAAAAGUUCAACAACCUAUUGGAUGGAAAUCAUCACUAGAAACUGGUUUUUUUGGUCCCCUUGAAGAAGCACCAUUAACAGUGGCCGAGUAUGUCAAACAAAAUCAAGUUAGUAAAAUUUCUAUUAACAAAGAAGGCACACGAUUAGAUGAAAACAUUUUUAAUAAUAAACAAAUAGAAAAAGUUAAACCUAGAUAUGAUAUUUUUGCUAGACCCCCAGAAAUAGAUAUUACGGGUAAAAGAAUUGAAGAAGAUAAAGUAAUAGAACAAAUAUUAGAUAAUAUUCAACCUGAAGAAGGUAAUAAUUCACCUGAAAUGACAUGGGGUUAUAUAGAUGGCACACCAUUUAGACUGGAUGGUAAUGAUAUUACAACUGUUGGUAGUAGUACUCCUUCAUUUAGGAUUUCUAAUAUUUCUGAAAAAGAACAGAUAGCUAGAAAUUUAAUUGAUAAUAUUAUUGCUUCAAAAGAGGCAAAAAAACGUGAAAACUCACAACCUAUUAAUAACGGUUCUGUUAGGUCGAAUUCUUUAAAUGGUAAAAUUAUGGGAAUGACACCUGCAAGUCAGAAACUAAUGAAAACUAAAUUAGGGUUUUCUUCUAUCUCAACACCAUAUGGGUCAUCAUGGCAAAGUAAUAAUAGCGCUUGGGAUACACCUUCUACAUCAAGAGGAAUGAACAUGGAUUCUAUAAGAAAAUUAAUAAAAAAGAAAACUGAUAAAAAAUAA